ACCUGUAAUUUAAUAAUAAAUACAUGUCAGAUAAAACAAGCAACAAACCCCUCGCCAAAAUAUAAAACCACGCUUUUAACGAAGCAAAACAUUUCUUAGUUUUAUAUCAAUCCACGUAGGCCAUCUAGAGACCAGAGAGCAACGUGACCAUACUGGGAUCUUGAGAAUGUGCUUCUUGUAUGUUAUUUAUUCUCCAUCCACCCGAGGGCGCCAAAGUUUCCACAGGUCAGUCUGUGGUCGGAACGAGGAGGAGGAUCGUGAUUGGCCAAAUGAUCCAUGUGCAAAUGAUCGAGCCAUGGGUCACUCAGACUCAGAGAGAGGAUGCAGCUGUUUGCCACUGGUCGACGUCUUUCUCUUCACGCCAUCCAUUAAACCUGUAGCUUUCAGUGGCUCACAUGGUCGUCCAUGAGCUGUUGUUGAAGUGGGCUGUUUCAGAUUUACUAAAAGCUGAGCUCUAAUGGAGCUGAGCAGAAGGAAAGUGCCUCUCUAUGGCCAAGCCAAAGUGUUCACUUUGCUGGAGGGGCUGGACUCAGUGCCAGAGGAUGCAGAGGUCUAUGUGGUACUGGAAGGAUCCACUCUGGUCCAUGUGACCAGGGCUCACAGCGAUAUCAUGCUCUGCUUUAUCGUCCCUGGUCAUAACAUGGCAGAGAUGGUGUCUGUUCAAGCAUACUUGUUCUCAGAAAGUACAGGACUCAUGUGGGUAGGCGGGGCUUCACUGGAGUAUGUACAAGAUGAUGCCCAGGACCUUGCAGAGCACCUGAUUAUCCAUGGACAUCGUCUCCGAGCCACAGAUCAUGAGGAGCUGAGCAACCUCUUCAGCCUGGGCCCGGGGAGUUCACGCUGGGCUAUGGAUCGCUGCAUUGCUCUGGCUAUGGCCAACUUAGAUAUUCCACACAGCUGGAACGUGCUGGGCAGCCAAAGCGAACAUAACCGGAGAGAGUCUCCUCUGCACUUGGCAGUAAGGUUUGGUCUGUGUCGAUUGGCUGAGCUGCUGCUUUGUCAGCCUGGGGGUCUAAUGGCCAUCAGCCUGCCCAACGAAGAGGGGGUCACACCUCUACAGCUGGCACAGACCACAGGAAACUCUGAGCUUUUGGAGCUACUUACACACCCACCCAACCCGCUGACCACACCCCCUGCAGGACUGUCCCAGGUGUGGGCUGACCACUCACGCCUGCUCAGGUUUUGUCACGAUACAAAAAAUCUGACAUUAACAGUUCGUCAGAACCUGAGGUGGAGCUCAGAGGAAAGCCGACAUGCAGAUAUACUACUUCUGCGAGACAGGCUCCAUGAUGAGGAUUUCCUGAGAGAGAUUAUGGCAUUAAGAAGGGAGAAAGUGGAGUCUGUCUUGGAGAAGGAACAACUUGUGGAUGACCCUGUGGAGAAUGCCCUGUAUCCUGAUAUUGAGGAAGGAAACAUGGUUCCAACAAAGAAUGAGGAUAUAUUUGAUUAUGAGGAGUCAUUAAUGUUUUCCUUAAAUGAAGAAAACGAAGAUGAUACACUGCAUUCAGACUCAGAAAAGAGUCAGUCCAUUAAAGAGGCCUCAUCCCCGACACUUUCUGCAGCUGCAAGACUUUCAGCAAUGAUACAUGGCAAAGACGGAGAGUUUGCCAACGGGAAGCUGGUGGAUGACUUGGACAUUAAGUACCACUCUCCAAAUGAAGGGAGCAGACCAGGCUGGGACUCUUUCUUUGGGACUCCCUCCAACACUGAGACCUGCUCUUACCCAGCUUCACCGCCAGCUGAAGCUCGGGACCCUCAGGGAACUGGUCUCAAAAAGCCUCCCACUUCUCCCUUCACUUCCUCUCCUGUGUUUCCUUCGUCGCCCCUAGCGUCCGCCUUCCACUUGUUCGAAGGAGGACACAAACGGACGUCACAUACAGUUUCUCCAAGAGUUAACUACAGGGGGUACAGCUUCUCAGACAGGACACGAGAUCUAAGCCCAAGUCUUGAGUGUGAUAGUGAAGAAGAGGAUAUCCUGGGACAUUCUUACCCAAUUGCAUCCUUAAGGAAACAGGCAAGUCUGCGGUCGAGUUCUGGAGAAGAGAGGGACUCCUUCGACACCUCACCAGACGCUGAACGCACACAUUCUGACAACAAUUCUGCUAAGGGCCCAGAGGAGGCUGAGGUCCGCCUGCGCUCUUACUCGUACUCCUCCCCCAAAGCUAAACCGUCACGGCCACUGCUAAACAGAGACGCUACCAUCUCUGACCCUACAGAAGAGCAGCGGGCAUUCAGCCUGACUGAAACUCCAUCCAGAGAAAAAAGGAUACUGGGUUUCCGUAAACGGGCCCAGUCCGCUGAGGAGGAGAGCAGCGCAUCGCUCCAACACCUCACCCUCACAGAGUUCCUCAAAGAGAUUGAGGACGAGGAGUGGGACAGAUAUAUAAUUCCUUCUAAAGCUGAAUCAGAGAAGUACAAAGUCAGUCGCACCUUCAGUUUCCUCAAGAGCAGGAUGACCAGCACACGCAGCAAAACGAAGGUAAAGGGUAAAGAAGUCAAGGAGAUGAAAGAAAAAGGGACAGCAGUCAAUGGACACCAGUUUUCCCCCAUGUCCCCAUCUGGCUCUGCGCUCUGUGUGGCCUGCGAUAAGUUUGUUUCUGGGAAGGAGCUGCUGCAUUGCUCCAACUGUUUCCUGAAGGUUCAUAAGAGCUGCCGUGAGUUUUCCAUGGCCUGUGUAAAGAAACAAUCAGAGAAGAAUGCAUUGCUGAUGAAAAGCAAGACCCUGUCCCUCCCAUUGAACUCAACCAAAGACUCUGUAUCCCUGUUUUCUCCCUCCUCAAUUUCAACAACUACAAAAGACAAGAGAGAACCUGUAGCCCAGCUGUCCAAAAGCAUGUCUAUCUCCAUAGACAGUAGACAAUUGCACGAGAAGCUGGUGGUGGAAGAAGAGAGUUCUCAGUCACCUGGUGUGACCUCCUCAGUGACUGAUGAAGGAGCAUCUGUGACCCCUCUGUCAUCUGACCAUUUACUGGUCAUCACACAAGAUGCUUUGGGCGGCUCUUUAUUAGGUGAUUUGUCUGCGGACCAGCUGGGACUUGAUGCAGAGUCCUGGAGUCUAGCUGUGAGCCCGGACUUCUGUCGACAACAUGAACGAUUUACUGUAAAGCGCCAGGAUGUCAUUUAUGAGCUGCUCCAGACAGAGUUGCAUCACAUCCAAACGCUGACGGUGAUGUCGGAGGUGUUCAGGAGAGGCAUGCUGGAGGAGCUGCAGCUGGACUUGGACUGUGUAGCCCGUAUGUUCCCCUGCCUCGACCUCCUCAUCCACUUCCACAAGAAUCUCUUUGGAGCUUUGCAGGAACGUAGACAGGCCUCAGCUCAACUCCACCACCCGCGCAAUUACCUCAUUCACAGUAUUGGUGAUAUUCUACUUCAACAGUUCUCAGAUGAAAAUGCUGAGAAGAUGAAGCAGAUGUAUGGAGAGUUCUGCAGUCACCACAAGGAGGCAGUCAACAUUUUCAAAGAUUUGCAGCAACAAAACAAGAAACUCCAAAACUUUGUGAAGCAACAAAGCAACAACAUACUGGUCAAAAGGAGAGAAGUGCCAGAGUUCAUCUUGUUGGUCACACAGCGCAUUACAAAGUACCCAGUUCUUCUGGAAAGGAUUUUACAGUACACCAAACAGGGAAGUCAGGAAUAUCAGGACUUAUCAAGUGCACUUGUUCAUAUUCGAGAUAUCAUCUCAGCAGUGGACAUGACCGUGAAUAAAUAUGAGAAGAGUCAAGAGCUACAGGAAGUCCUCACUCGGCUCGAGAACAAGAGCAUCGCCAAGCUGAAGAAUGACAAAGUGUUUUCCAAGCAGGAUCUCUGUAGUAAGCACAGAGUCCUGCAACACAAAGGACUAGUCUACUGGAAGACAGCGACCGGUCGUCUAAAAGAUACAUUAGCUCUUCUACUCACUGAUGUCUUGGUUUUCCUGCAAGAAAAAGACCAGCGUUUUACAUUUGCUGCUGUGGACCAAAAGCCUCCAGUUAUUCCACUACAGAAGCUUAUUGUUAGGGAAGUUGCCAAUGAGGAAAGAGGAAUGUUCUUGAUCUCAGCAUCAUCAGUUGGUCCAGAAAUGUACGAAGUUCACACUAUUUCCAGAGAAGAAAGGAACGCAUGGAUGAGACAAAUUAGACAAGCUGUAGAAAGUUGUCCCGAAGAGGAAGAGCAAGAGGAACGCAGUAAUGAAUCAGAGGAGACAAAACGAGCAACAGAGGCUAGAAUUCAAAAGAUUACCCAUUUUCAAGACACACUGCUGGCUCAGGACCAGAUGAUCUGCAACACCCUGGAGGAAAAGCUGGAGCUUUAUGCUGAACUCACUGAGCUCAGCCUUGGCUCUCUUGAACCUAUACCACAUCGCCACCUCCUGGUACAAGCGGACAGUGACACUCCCAGACUGGCCACAACACUGCUCACCGCUGCCCUAAAGGAAGCGGAAAACUUGAUGAGCGUCCUGCAGAGCCGUGAUGGGGCCACUGUUCAGAGCCCGCACUGCGCUGGUCUAGAGUCAAACAGUGAAGACAGUGUCCAGGAUGUGCCCUCAGAGCCGGACUAUUUGAGCACGCUCAGUAUCAGCUCGUCCUGUCUUGGAUCAGACAGUGACCUGACAGAUGAGUGGAGCACUGAACCAAAAAGAGGGGAGGCCAAAAAUACAUUGAUCAAAGUUGCUGAGAGUGUCCAAAGUCUGACUCAGCUUCUCUAUAGUCUACAGGCCACUGUGAGCCUUCAGGACAGCUGCUGUGAGAUCCAGAAACUACUGCUUCAGGAGGGAGAGCUGACACCACUGCGGGCCCUGCCUUCUCUUCAAAACACGGAACAGGAGAAACCAAAGACUUCUGAUAAGAAAAAGGAGGAUGUGGAAAAGAAAAAAGAAUCAGAUGAAGUCCAAAAACUGCAUUUGAAGUUGAAACAAGAACAACAGCGUUGGGACAAAGAGUGUUUGGCCAGAGAGAAGCAGCAGAGUGACCAGGAGAAUGAGUUGAGGCAGAGAGAGCAACAGUGCCUUCUAGAGGCAGAGAGACUGCGCUGUGAGCGAGAAGAGUUUGAGAUCCAACUACUCGAGUACCAACAAAACAUGGACAGACUCAAGGAGGGCCAGAGGAGUGUGGAGAGGGAGAGGGAGAAGAUUGAAGCCCAGCAAAGACUGCUUCAGAGCUGGAGACACAACCGUCAAAGCAGCCUCCCUAUCACAAUACCACCACAGCACUACCAGGUGCCCAGCCAUACUCACUCAGGUAGCUUGGAUGGUAAUUGCAGAAUGUAUGAGAAUGAAACUGUUUUGCUUACCACUCUCCAGCAAAGCCACCUCUACCAGUCUGCCCAUAACCAUCACCAAAGUCUGCUUUCUGCCCCAAAGAGGAUUCAGAACGGACCACUGAGCUCCUCUGGCUACAGCACAAACCUGGGCCUAAGUGCCAGUCUCUACAACAGCCUCAACACUUUACUAAGCCAGGCCCACAACCGGCAGAUGUCCGACCGUCUCACCUACACUAACUGCAGCUACAACUCCACACAGCCAAUUAGCGAGUCCAUGCACUCCAUCAGCUCCAGAGUUCAAACACAGCCCCCCAAACCAACAAACUUCAGUCCUCCACGUGGGAGACAAUCUUUGGAGUCAUGGAGUUCAGAGGUCACAUCAGACGGACUUUACGAGGAGGACUACUCUUCCUCUCCUUCUCUCACGCCCCUCCUUCCCCCACAGGCCUACCUCUCACUGGAAGGACCAAACGGGGAUGACGGUGGGGAGGAGAACAUUGUAUAUCUGUAACAAUGUUUAGAGUAAUCUGCAAUCCCAAAAUAUAACUGGAAAAAAUCCAACCUUUCAUCAUAAGUAGGUCUAUUCUUAUGUUAGGUUACAAGCCCAGGAAAUGAUACACUUAUUGUCAUUCACUAACAAAAUUUGUAAACCUGUGCUUUAAGUGGUUGUUUUGAUUACUACAGUAUCUUAGGAACAGAUCUUGACAGUUUCACAGUUUCAGUUACUUUGAUUGCCAAGAUGCUGUGCAAGCAAAACCUUUUUACAAGAAGCACUUAAAUUUAAAAGCCAUUGAAGUUGUACAGCCAAAACACAAAUAUGUGUAUAUAUAUAUAUAUAUAUAUAUAUAUAUAUAUAUAUAUAUAUAUAUAUAUAUAUAUAUAUAUAUAUAUACACACACACACACACACACACAAAACACACACACACUUCUUAUUGUACAGAUUUUUAAUGUGUAUAAUUGUAUGAAAGAGUCUAUGUUGAAAAUGUAUAUUCCACUUAUAACUUUGUGAAGUGCCAAAGCAAUUCUGAAAGCAGUGGUUCUGUUAUAUUUGAUUUCUAAUAAUUUAUUUCUUUUUUCAUGCACUGUCAUAUAAUUUUUAUAAUUAUUUUAUAAUCUCUGGCAGCAGAAUUGUGUGUUAAUAAAUAUACAUUAAUUAUAUAUAUUAGAGCUUAUGAUGCAUUGUUAUUGUAGUUUUGACAACACUGGAAUUUCCACAACUAAAUAUGAAAUAUCAAGAUUUUGAUAAUCAACGUCCAUACUGUUUAAUUUUUUGUAUUUUUCAUUUUUAUUUCCAGUUGCUGGGAAUACCACCUGCUUUGAGCAGAGCAUGUCAUGUAAAAUUCAUAUAG